UGAUUUGUCAUACAAAUAAGGAAGUGGUAUUUCCCUAGUUAUCAGUUGUCAAGACAUGCUUUCCUCUGCAUGUCUUGAAGUUGGAACCAAACCAAGACAUCCUCCCACAAACCAUUACAGCAAUACACAACAGACCAUUACACACAUCAUUACAGGACAUGACAUUUCAAAACCUGCUUCUAUGAUUAGAUUAGUGCGAUUAUGGUUAGGGGAUUCACAAACUGUUCCUUUAAACAAGAGACACAGUGAAGCAGUCUGACAGUCAUAGAGAGGGUUAGGGUUAGGGUUAGUCAGACAGUCAAAGAGAGGUAGCGUCAGAGUGAAGAGGGGUGUGCCACUAGAUAUUAUUUCACUUAUUUCUCCAUAUUAUUUUACUGUUCAUUUUGGACCUGUUCUCCAAACCCUCAACCUGCUCCUCUUACUACAAUGCCAUCCCAACUUGAGAGGCUGGCUCUGUUCCGGGUCUGGUCCAUGAUGGUCCUGCUCUACACCUCGGACCACAGGAAGGGCUGGAGACAUAUCCUCCUCCACUUCCUCAGCUGCUUGACCCUGAGCCUGGCCUUGGGAGGGGCCCUCCUACUGGGCCUCUACUUCUCUCUGAACUACAGCCUAGUGGUGUGUGGAGUCACCUCAGGCUGCUGCUCACUCCUGUUGACAGCUGUCCUGUUCUGCUCCAAGAGAGUCCGCUGCUUCUCCUUGCUGUUUCUUAUCUCCUGCACUAUGAAGCAGGGCAGGAACCUGCUUCUGACGGCAGGCACUGGGCUGGUGAUCCUCUGGAAUGUCCAGAACACCUUAAGAAACCUCAGAGAAGUGUCCAGCAGUCUGGUGUGUAACCUGGAGAAGAAGAGAGUGUUGUUGGACGUCAGUCCAAUAAAUAACUAUGUCAAUCUGCUGAGGUGGGUGGGCGAGAAGCUCAACAAGUUCAUAGACUUUGGAGUUGUCAAGUACGAGUCAUCAUUCACCGUCGGACACAGCGUUGAGUCCAACGAUCUGACGGUGAAACUUCAGGAUGCUGUCCUGACACUGAACACAACAACGAAGAGCGCUGAGGUGUGCAUCGACCUGGUGAUGGCUGUGUUCCAGAGAGGAGUCCUGGUACUAGGGGUCACCCUGGUCAUCAUCACCACUACCCUGUUCCUCAGAAAAUACUUCUUCAACCUCAAGUACCAGAACACUUUCAUCACCAGCAGGUUUAUUAGAUACGAUGAUCAACAGAGAGCUGAGGGGAAGCCCUACCUCCUCCCUCUGAGCCCAGAGGAGGCAGAUCAAUUCCGCUCCAUCCCCUCCGCCCGCUUCACACGGAGAGAGGGCUACACCAUGCUCUGGUUCCUGGUUCCAGUGCUCACCCACCUCCCAAUCUGGCUCUUAUUCAUCUCCCUGGACGCACUGCUCUACUGGCUUAUUCUGAUUAUCAACAAACACCUUCUGGAACUGAAACCAUUCAGCAUUAACCUAAAGAUGAACCUAAACGAAGACAACAGCAUCGUGUUUAUCCCUCUCCCAGGGGGAGCCAUCAUGAAGGAUUUCUCCUACACCUUCACCCUCUUUCAGGAGGAUUGCCUUCCCCAGCCCUCCCUGCUCCUCUCCAGGUCUCUGGUCCCACUGUCAGUUAUCCUGGUUGUUCUACUUGUCCUAGACCUGCUGUCUGCCAAGAUGGGUCAGCUCAAACUACUGGUCUCAGAACAGUUCUACAACGACAACGCAGACCAGAGGGUGCAGCAACUUCAUGCUAAGAUCAGCCACAAAAGAGCCAAGACGAGGCCUCCAACGAAGAGGACUGCUCUGCUGAGACUGCUAAAACAAAAAAGCUUCUGGUUUCCACUGUUCUUCCACACUGCGAAGGAGAAUGAUAUGCGUCUCACCUGAAGAAAUCCAAAACAGUGAUCAUCUGGGAAAUUGAUUUUUUGCUUUGUCAUGCAUUCAGGCAAUCACCUGUAGAAUUACAGGACUAGAUUCAAUUUUGAUUUGAAUUGCAUUGCUAUGUUGUGUAAAUGUUGCACAAAGAUCAACAGUUUAUUGUAAUCACGGUAAAUAUGUCUUGUAUUAUAAACCAAUUUCUAUAGUUAGUGUGUAAACAAGUUUGUUGUACAAAGGAUUGGGCUCCAAAACUAUCGAAAAUAUGGCUUUGACUUAAUUGAAGUAAAUCUCAGAGUAAUCUUCUCUGAUUUGCUUUGAUGUUGUCUUUAUGAAUAAGAUACAGUUGAAGUCGCAAGUUUACAUACACCUUAGCCAAAUACAUUUAAACUCCGUUUUUACCCAUUCCUGACAUUUAAUCCUAUUAAAAAUUCCCUG